AUGCAGCCCUCGCACUUUCGCCCGCCCAUGGUGACUAGCAACUCCAGCAACUCGAUCGAGUUGCCGCCGGUGCAGUCGGUGACGUCGGGCGCAUUCCCACCGGCCCCGGGGGGCAUGCUCUCCGCGCCGCCCAGUAGACCGGGCAGCGGAAUGCAGAUGGCUCAUCUGCUGCAGCCGAUGCCCCAGGGCCCUCCGUCGCAUCAGCAGCUAACAAGUGCGCCGGGUCCGCCGCCGGGUUCCAUGGCCGGGUCUGUUCCCGGCCCCUCAACCUCGCCGUACUCGCGGUUCUACGAGUCAGGCUCCGGAUCUCCCGCGGAGAGUGGUGUCUUACCAGAUGCUCCUCCGAUGGGUUCGAUGUCAGGUCCCGGCCUGUUCCAGACGAGCCCGAUCGUGCACCAUUCGCAAGCGCAGCAGAAGCGCGCUUAUCGUCAGCGAAGGAAGGAUCCCAGCUGCGAUGCCUGCAGAGAACGCAAAGUCAAGUGUGAUGCGUCGGACUCGGCCAGUUGUACCGAAUGUCAAAACCGGAAGGUCCGGUGUCAAUUCACAAAAGACACCAACCGUCGCAUGUCGACCAUUAAAGUCGUCCAGGACCUGGAGAAGCAACUCCAGAAGACACAGUCACAGCUGGACCGCCUGCGCUCAGAACGAAUGCGUCCCGAUCAUAACACGGCCGAGGUUGAUGAAGCGAGUGCCCAGCCGGUCAUUCGACUACCUGAGAUCGACUACAAACCGACACGCAGGCUACGACCAGCCCUCUCCCAAGACCUGUCAGAGGUCCAAUCAAACCUUCGACAACAUGGCCAGGGAAUACUGAAGUUUCCUACGCCUUAUCAACAGCAACGGUCACAAUCGGUCGUGGGCAAUGACGCUGUUAACCUGCCCCCGAAAGACCUCGCAGACCAUCUGUUAGCUCAAUACUACAACUGCAUCCACUCAGUCCUGCCUGUUUUGCAUUGGCCCAGUUUUAUCGCCGACUUCGAAAAGGUGUACAAAUCCGGCUCGCUUGUGGGAGUUUCGAGUGAAUGGGCGGCCGUACUAUUCGGGGUUCUUGCUUGUGGCGCCAUCCACACUGUCGAGCGGAAACGCGAGCAGGAAGGCAAGGAAUACGUUCGCAUUUCGUGCGGUAUCAUUGAUGUCUGGCAAGACAACUUCAACCUGGACCGAGCGCGGGCCGCUUUGUUGGCCAGUAUCUUCUUAUACGAAGUCAAUUCCAAAUCAGCGAGUUGGGUCUGGAUUGGUUCUGCAGUGCGUGUGGCCCAAGAGAUUGGGUUGCACAUCGAAUCCGGUCCAUGGUCACCCGUUGAAGGCGAGAUGCGGAAGCGUCUGUGGUGGGGUUUGUAUACCUGGGAUAGACUUCUCGCUCUCGAAAUGGGAAAGCCUGUUUUGAUAAAUGACCAGGACUGCGAUAUCGAUCUUCCUUGCCCCGUUGAUGAUCAGUACAUUACAGAAGGAGGUGGCAUCCCGGAAGGCCAGCAGACAAUACCGCUGCUCGCCACAAUUCACGUCGUCCGCUCUCUUGGCCAGCUCACUCGAACCUUACGAUGGACUACUCUCAGCCCAGAGACUCUCGAGACCUUUGAACGACACUUCAGCACAUGUCUUGCCAUAUUCCCCCCUCAUCUCCACCCGGCCAACGACCAAGAUCUCGAUCCCCGAUCCUUAGCCCCCGUUAUCUACUUACACAACGCACGUCUUCUCCUCUACCGCCAUAAUAUCUCCCCUUACUGCCAGCCUCCAGUCCGCGCCCUAGCUAUGGACCGCUGUGUUUCGGUGGCAAUCGACACCGCCAAUAUCCUCUCUCGCUGCAUGCGAUCCCACCCCGAUUCCGACUGGUGCACUCUGUUUGCCUCUGCCGCAGGAACACUGCUUUGCACCCACAUCUGGCGCUGCGCGCUUUUCCUUCUUUUCCAGCAACAAUUUGGACCAGCACUGUCCUGCGUGAAGGCGAGUGUUGCAGUUGGCGAUGAUCGCGCUAUCAACGCAUCAUGUGGACGUUACUUGGCAUUCUUCAUUCAGCGACUCCUUGACCAUCUUCAACGAGGCGAAGUCACCCUUGAGCAGGAUGAAGAAUUGAUCGCGUACGUCUCGGGUGAUAUGCAAGGAACGAGCGAUGGUAGCUGGGUUUGGCAGGGUAGUGAGACCGGCUCACAGCUCGAGGCCGUGUCCUCAACAGAGAGUGCCCCGGAACCACCAGGGCCUGAAAAGGACUGGCCCGGAUGGGCAUGGAUCGAGCAGACGGUACAGUACCUACAUGACGGAAAGCAACGACAGUACCAGCUUCAGCUCGAGCAGCAGCAACGUCUGGAAGGGCAGCAUAAGCAGCAACGGGAGCUGGAAGCUUCGCAUCACAAUCAACAAAUGGAGGUUGACCGCCGCGAUGUCAACUUGGAACCGAGACCGGCCUCGUCUUUGCUUCAGCCUGAGCGCCCGGCUUCAGAAGAAGACAGACGGUCCAGUUCGGCCCACUCUCGCAUGACGAUUGCUAAUAUUAUCUGA